ACUGACACCAGUUCGCGAAAUUGGCUAAUUUCGUAUAAUACCUAAACACUUGCCAAGGGCAGAUAAUUAAUAUCGUACAAAAAUUACGUAUUCGCGGGAAAUCAAAGAUGGCAGGAUGUGGAAUGACUCUCGUGCACAACAGAUUGGAUGAUUACAAAUGUGAUGCAAAUGAAGUGAUAACAUUCAAAUUGGUGAGAGAUGAGUCCGACUUGGAAAACAAUGAAGGUUUCCAACCAGAAAUGACACACCAAAUAUUUGGUGAACAAGAAAACAUAUUUGGGUUCAAAGACCUUGCUAUACAACUGUACUACAGUGCGUCAAAGCUGACUACAUACCUCAACAUUAAAUACACAGAUAAAGUCUCUCCUGAGAAAUUUGAUGGACUAAAGCCAGAUGAUGUAGUCGGGUCUCUGUCUAAGGAAUUACCACCAGGGUAUUACACAAACAUUGAUGACUUCAGUGCGGCUUUGGCUAAAGAUGUAAACUUCAAACCUUAUGGUGAACUGCUGCAUUCCUAUACAGUGAACAAAGAUGGAGAAGAUAGACAGUUUGAGAUAUACAAGACGGACAUCGAAUGUCCCGGGUUCCGAGAGUAUCACGAGAGACUUCAGACAUUUAUACUGUUCUACAUUGAUGCUGCCUCCUUCAUAGAUGUUGAUGAUGAAAGAUGGACCUUUUAUUUACUGUUUGAAAAAUACAAGAAAGAUGGUAACCCUAUGUACGCUAUAGCUGGUUAUAUGACAGUUUACAAAUACUACGCCUACCCUUGUAGAACCCGGCCAAGAAUCAGCCAGGUUCUGGUGUUACCUCCAUUUCAAAAACAAGGCCAUGGAGCACAGUUAUUACAGACAUUCUAUAAUGGUUGCUAUGGCGACUCAGAUAUUCUAGACAUCACAGUUGAAGAUCCAUCGGAGAACUUUCAGCGUUUACGUGACUUUGUUGAUGCACGGAACUGUAUGAAUUUGAAAAGUUUUCAGCCAGCCAAGUUACAUGAAGGAUUUGAUGAUGAUAUGUCUCAUGAAGCCAGGCUUAAACUUAAACUCAACAGCAAACAAGCAAGAAGAAUAUAUGAAAUAUUAAGAUUGAAGGCUACUAGUGAGGCAGACAAAGAAAAGUUCCGACAAUAUAGGCUGGACAUCAAGAGAAGAUUAAACAUCCCUUUUCAAAAAAAUGGAAGAGACUUUGAAAAGCUAAAGAAAGCUUUAAAACCGGAUGAAUUGUCAGCUACAUUGAGUUGUAUGUCUAUGGAACAGCGGCAUCAGUAUCUGGAAAAGGCUUUUGAGGAACAGAUAGAAGUGUAUAGACAUGUCAUAGAAAGGUUGAAUAUGGCUUGAAACUGUGUAUAAAUUAUCGGUAUCGGUAGAAAGGCUCCUGAAGAUUUGAAAAUGUAUUGUGCUGUUCAGGUACUCGAAAAAAGUGUCAGUGCUAACUUUAUCGCUAUCCUAAAAAGGCUUCUGAAUAAGGAGUAUGUAAAUAUGUACAAUACCAUAAAAAUGAAAACUUGGAGAUCAUAUUAAUGAAUUGUAAAUAUACCCCUACAUUUAUUUAAUGUUUUAAGAAAUAAAUAAUUCUACUGAAGGCCUGGAAAAUAACAAUUAUUCUUGAAAGCAGCAGCAUUUCUCCAGAUUUAUCCUAAUUUUCGUGAAAAUUUGAUGUAGUAUGUAUUUAAAAGUAAAUUAUUGUGAAGUGAACAUAGAAGGUAAAUACUGCAAAAUCAGUCAUAAAUCGAACAUAACAUGUAAAUUAUUACUUGCAUACUUUUUACUUUUCUUAAAAACUUAUUACAUUUUUUCAAGUUUUUUUUUUUUUUUUUUUUUUUUUCUUGAAAUAUUUUUACUCAUUCGGAGACAUGCAGCUUGAACAUGAAAAGGUUUCUUUAGAAAUGACUUAGGUAAGUUUAAGGUACUCUGUGUAAGAGUAUAUUGAGGAAUUUGUCCUGCAGAAUUCCUGUAAGGCAAUACUGGAGGACAGUCAUACAAAAGAUUCAAUGGACAACAUGAAUAGAUACAAAGAAUUUCGGCAGCCAAUUUGGAAGUAAUGAUUGUAUUAAUAUAGAGAAAUGAGAUGAGAAAGUUCUUUCAAAUGCUAGGCUGCACAUAUAUCAGUUGCCCAUGAAUUUUCUUCUCUUCAUUUGAGAAUUAAGAUGUAUGCAUGUACAUUUUGGCAUUUUGUUUAUGGUGAAAUCUUCAGGGAUUAAUAUAAUAAUUAGAAUUCAAUUACAAUUAUAUAGUCUCUUGAAAUGUUUAAGCUUAUCAAGAUCCGAUUUCUUUAAACUUAAAAUGUGUGAAUACAUUUAAAUAUUUAUACUUAGAAAAUGCAUAACAUGUACUGUUGUUAUGCAUGUGGUAUACAGUAUGUAAUAACUAAUAAUUAUUGGUAUAUGAUAUGUAAUAAUUUUUGCUAAAGUAAAAUCUGUUGUACAAACUCAUAAAACCAUAAGAAUUAUAGUUCUGAAAACGACACUGCAUUGCCAAUCUCUGGUCAAAUGUUUAAUGGAAAUUAACAUUUAUACAAGAUUUCCAAUUUUAAAAAGGCAACUUUUAUUGUAUUUUGUAAUGAAGAAAAUAAAGUUAUGUGAUCACUGUUUGUUAAGCAUUGAGCAACCAUGGGACACUUGUAUACAAGUUUCUCUUGUAUACUUUUCUAUGUUUACAUUAUAUUUCAUUGUUAAUCAUCUUGGCUUAUAUAAACAGUUAUUUAACUGUGUUAUAGAAACUGAACAAAAAUCGAGAUUACUAUUGAUGUCCAUAAUACAUGUGGCAGUCAAAUUUCCAGAGCUUUUUUAAUUUGCUGGAAAUAUUAUUGUGAGUAAACUGUAUUUAUUGUGUGGAUUUUUUUUUUCUUUAAUUUUUUUUUUCUUAAUCUUUUAUUAUUUUUUUUAAUUUUUUUUUGCACAUCAAUGGACUGAAAACCAUUUUUGCAACUUUAGCCAAUCUCAUUUGAAGGACUAAAUCUUUUGAUUUAAGGGGGUUUUUUUAUUAUUAUUUAAUUCUUGUCUUUUGCUGGCAUUUUGCCAUACUAUAAUAAUAAGUAAUUUAAAUGCUUGAAAGAUUUGACCACAUAUUGGUAAUGGCAAAAAUAUAUUUACAUCACCGGCCCAUGCAAAAAUACAAUCACUAUUACCUCUUCUAUAUUGUCAGAAUGGUGUUUAUAUUGUACUAUGUUUUAUCAUUGUUUAUAUAUGAGUCGAUAUUCGUGUUGUAUGUAGUGUAGCAGUCUAACCAAAAGAUGAUGACCAACUGGUAUACAUGAAAUCAUACUUUAUAAAAAAAUUACCAUUUGAAUAUGAACAAUCAGGUUAUGAACAAUAAGGAUAUGAACAAGGUGUCUUUGUGAAGUGAUCAUUUGUGACAUGUUUAGAAUAAGUCGGCAAUGAGAUUUUACAGUAACCAUAAAAUCUUAGAUGCCAUAUUUUAGACCGGCGAUUCCAAGACAUACUUUUCAUAAAAUUGAGCCAAUCAUGAUUUUCUUGAGCCAUUUUUAAUAAUUUUGGAGUCAAUUUGCUGAUUGGCUUCAGCCAGGGUCAGUAUUCAAUAUACAUCUUAAGGAUUACGGGCCCUAAUGGGCACUUUCUUAUCCUUAGAAAUUAGGAUACCUUAAAUUUGAGGAUAUUUCUUAGAAAAAUCUUAAGAUGUAUAUUGAAUAUGGACCCAGAUCUAUUUCCCAAGUAAUUUACCCAAAUGAGGCUGCAUUCUUAAAUUAGUUGACCAUUUUGUAUGUUAAUUGAUAUUGGUUCAAAGAAUAUGUUACAGUAGACUUUAUAUUGUAAAUUGUUGUGCUAUUAAUACUAAUACCAGAAGUGCUAUUUGACAUGUAUCUUCAUUGUUAAUACCAACUAUGUGUUCCUACAUUCUCUUUCCAAUCUUGUCAGGUAAUUGUUUAUGUGGAAUAAAUGUUUUCUUAAAAACUA